CCCAAAUUCACUACUCCCAAUGACAUAGAAAACGUUGGAAUAGCUGAAAACGAUCGUGAAUAUUGUGUAAAGGAAAAGUCUUGAGAAUUUUUCUUCUGUUAUAAAAAAAAGAUAGUGUAAAGAAAGUACUGGGUGAUUUUAUUAAAAAGACUGUAAGUUUGCGAAUGAUGCGUGAAAGCGAAUUUCGAGAAAAAGAGGUCGUUUCAAGUGAAGGACAUGAUACGGGAAACUCUUCAUCCCAUCUCUCUGAUAAAUUAAAAAAUUUAUUUCACUUUCGUCGUAAUCGAGCGGCGACCGUUUCUUCUAGCUAUCAGAAUUCGUCUCAGCCAAAGGCUCCGGAACGGUCAGAUGAGAGUUACAUGGAGGGUCUCACGAACGCUAGCGAUGAUUUUCUAAACCAGAAGCCAGUUCUCCGAAGAAUAUCCUCAGCUCCCGAUUCCCAUGAAGGAAUUGAAGCUCCAUCGAAGCUUCCAGUGAACACAUCUAACAUGAAAAAAGCUCAAAUUAAAACGUUAAAGAAUCCAGCAAACUAUAUAUUCGGACCAACUGAAUACGGCAAGCGUACCUAUUCUGGAAACAGUACAAAAGUAAGCAGGGUGGAAGUUACGCCACAAAGUUUUGAAAAAAUACGACUUUUGGGUCAAGGAGACGUUGGAAAGGUCUAUUUGGUAAAGCAAAAAAGCAACAACCGAUUGUUUGCAAUGAAAAUCCUUAGCAAAGCCGAGAUGAUCAAACGACGAAAAGUUCGACGUGUUUUGGCAGAACAAGAAAUUCUCACAAAAAGCAAUCACCCAUUUAUUGUCACUCUUUAUCACGCGUUUCAAUCGAAAGAUCAUCUUUAUUUAUGCAUGGAAUACUGUGCUGGCGGCGAGUUUUUUCGAGCACUUCAUUCGCUCCCUGGCCAUAUCUUACCCGAAAAAAGUGCUUGUUUUUAUGCAGCUGAGGUCACACUCGCUCUCGAGUAUCUGCAUUUGAUGGGCUUUAUUUAUCGAGACUUGAAGCCCGAAAACAUUCUUUUACAUCAAUCCGGACACAUUAUGCUGUCCGAUUUUGAUCUUUCAAAACCCAUAACUACUGAAACGCAUCCGCGUAUGCUUGUGACUAAGCACUCUACCUUUUCCCAAGAUAAGCCAGCUUUGGACACAAAUUCAUACUUUUCUGAUUAUCGUACGAAUUCGUUUGUCGGGACUGAAGAAUACAUUGCACCAGAAAUGGUUAGAAGCUGCGGUCAUACUGUAGCAGUGGAUUGGUGGACUCUUGGGAUUUUUUUGUACGAGAUUUUGUAUGGUACUACUCCUUUUAAGGGAAAGAACAGACAUGCCACUUUUUCAAACAUCCUAUAUGCUGAUGUGAGCUUUCCUGAGUACAGCGGAGCCCCUAAUGUAUCUAGUACAUGCAAGAAUUUAAUCAGGCGACUACUGAUUAAAGACGAAACUAAGCGAUAUGGUUCUAUAGCUGGUGCGUCCGAUAUCAAACAACAUCCAUUCUUCCGUGAUAUCCAAUGGGCUCUCUUACGCAGUAUGAAGCCUCCAAUUGUGCCUAAUAUCCAAGAAGGCAUGGAGGCUGUACGAAAGUCUUCAGGACUCCCUGAGGCACCGGACAGCAUGGACUAUUUAAACUCUCAAUGUUUGAUUUCAUCCAAUCUUCCUGCAGUUGAUAUGCAUUCUGUGACUCCUAUUCCAGAAGUUGAGAAUCCGUUUAAUGGUUUCAGUUCUGUGACACUUCAUCAUGCAGGAGAUGAGUAAAGUUACUUAUGCUCAUAAUCCUUUCUAUUUUGCUAUUAUGCCAACGUUUUUUUUUUCUUUUUAUGUCUAGUAUGAUUCUAUAUUUAUGUCGUGAAAUCUCUAAAAAUGCUUUUUGUUUAUGUCAGUUUUUUAUUUAUAUAUCUACUACUUUCUUCUAUUGGUCACAAAGACUAGGAUUUCAUGCCAUGCGUAUCUUUUUUCUAUACGUUUUUGAUCUUCGUGUUUGAAUAGUUAGAUAGGACAAGGUUCGUUUCGCAACUCAGUUCAUGUUAUCAGGUUUCUCAAUAUCCUUCGAAGAAUAUUCAAACCAACUUUUCAUAUCCUUACUCUG